AUGGGCUCUAGCAACAAAAAGAAGAAGGAGAAGAAGAAGGACUUUCAGAAAGCAAAGCUGAAAGUGGGAAAAGCCAAAGCGAAGGCAGCAAAUUUCACCGAUACUAGCUUCAAGUCCAAGUCGAUUGUGGUCAAUCAACAGACUCUCUCAACCGAUGGUUCGGACCCAAUAGAACAAUUCAAGCUGAAUCUGUCUCUGGCCAUCAAUGCAAAGUCGGACAAUCAGAGACGAGAUGCAUUGGCUCACAUUACCAACCAACUCUCAGCCAAUCCGCCUAACAACCCUGUUGGAGCUUCGGGCGUCUUGACGAAGUUACUUCCCAUACUGUCAGAUGGGUCCAUGUCGGUGCGCACACAACUCCUCAAGCUACUCCGAGCCUUGCCGCCAGCAGAGGUUGGACCACAUGUGGAGAAAGUUCUCAUGUAUAUCCGAGGUGGCAUGACGCAUUUAUCUAUCGACAUCCGCACCCGAUACCUUGAAUGUCUUGGAAUGGCUCCUCGAGAUUGCUGGGGACCAAACUGGUCUCCUGGCCCUUGGGGGUUGGCUGAAUAG